GGCUGGCAGCUACGAGGGAGGCCAGGCAGCCAGUAUGGCGGAGGAGGGCAGUGGGAUUGAGGCGGAGGGCUUAGAGAAACAGUUACAGACAUUAAUAUGUCAUUACUCAAGUGAUGAGCUGCGAGGGAACAGCAAAAGAUUCUGCCUCGACUAUUGUGAGCUGGUGGAAGAGAGUGUCUCUCGCUGGCAGAUGCCACUCCCUCGGCUCAGGAUCCUUGAGAAGGCUCUGUGCCACUUUGCUCGGGCCUCAAGCUCCUUCACAUCAAGCUGCGAUCACGUGCUUCGCACACUCAGUAGUUUGGCCUUGAGUGUGUUUGAGUUGCUGCUUUUCUUUGAGGAAAAAGACUUCCUCCAAGAGCCACUGAUAUGCUUCCGUAAUACAUUCCAGGAAUGUCAUUUGGCCCUCGCAAGGUAUCAGAAUGCUCACUUACUUCAGGUGGACCGUUUGGUUCGGGCUGGUGGCGCUUGGGCCAGUACAACCUUGCAGGCAAUACUCAGUGAGUCCAACUUACCACAGGAUGAAGUGGAUGUAUGCCUCAGCUCUGAGCUCCCGGUGUUCUUUGAGCUACGAGUGCGCUACCUUUUAUCCUGUGAACGGGUCACAGAGGCUUUAGCCCUGGCUAAGUAUUGUAUUCGACAUCCGACAACAGGGCAACACUCGUUCUUCCUUAAGGUCUACCUCACAUGGCUUUACAAGUCAUCGCAGCACGAUCGACUGCGUGAAGAGCUGGCUGACCUCAGCAGUAAAGAUGCAGUGCACAUCAUCUGUAAUUUGGAGUACGAGGAAACAAAUGAGCUGCUGCUUGCACUCUGCCAGAUGUUUCUCUCUCAAAAGCUCUGCCAGGGAGACUUGUACUAUAUGUGUGAGCUCGUUUUUGUGUGGAGCAAACUCCACACUCGGCUGAAUACUUCCAAGCAAGCUUUCUUUGAAGAAAGCCGUCAGCUCAUGCUUUGCGCCACCAAUGUCAACUCAAUCUUCCCCUUCAUCAGAGUUGUACUGCAAGAGCUGGGCGAAGAUGGCCUCCAGUUUUGUGUGGAGCUUUGUGCAAAUGCUUUGAAGUCUUGCCUACCGUGUGAUGCUGUCACCAAGUCUCUGAUCUAUAAAACAAUUGCUGGCCUGCUUCACAAGGAUCUUGAAGUUUGUCGGGCAUGUGCGCUCCUCGUCUUCUUUAUGGAGCGUAGCCUGGAGGCUUACAAAAUGGUGUAUUUGCACUACAUGCUUCCAGACCAGGAGUACCCCGUUGAGCACAGCCCUGUCAGUAAUCAGAUCCGCUUUGAAACCCUUCAGGUCUUGAAGAAGGACCUUUACUUUGACCCUGAGUUUUGGAACCUAAUUACUUUGCGGACCAAUUGUUUAAAACUGAUGAGUAAGAAGGUGGUUGAUGCUGCCCUAGAAGAAAUUGUGGAAGAAAAAUGGAUCACAAACUAUUGUUCCAAAGAGUUUUCCAGCACCACAAUAGGAGAGCGAGAUGACAAAACAACAACAAAUAAACGGAACCAUAAAGAAGGUAGCAUCGAAGAAGCAUCCAAAAGACUAAAGUUUGGCCGAUUGACUGAUGACAGCGCUGUGAAAAAGAAGGGUAACCACGGCCCACAGUAUACCAAGAGAACAUCAUCUCAACCUUUGAGACGUUCAUUUUGGCAGCUAGACAGGAUACCUGACGUCGCCAAUGGUGAACUAAGACGAGCUACCCGACUAUCUGACAAAAAUCCCCCAAAGCGGAUAAUUCAAAAACCCAAAUGGUUACUGGAAGACUCUGCUACUUUGCAAGAGUCUAAGCGUAAAAAACAAAACCAGUCAUCUUCUUUAAGAAAACCUGAAUCUGGUCAGCUCAAAAAUAAUUCAAAACCCAAAGUUUCUGUAAACUCCUGUAUCACGCAUCAGCCGGAAUUACAUCCAGACUCAGUUAAACCAUCUUCUGCUCCACAAGUAAUCCUGGAGCUUUCUCUACCAGACAAUGAGCUGAUGGGAACAUUUAAUGAAGAUACUUGCAAUAGACAGAAAGGCUACCCUCAGAUGCUUUAUUAUAAACCUACAGUAAAGAUACCUGACACGUCACAACCAGUGAAAGUGUUGCAUGGCAAAGAGGUCAUCCUCAGAGCAAGGGAUUUAGCUAUGUUUGUGCAACAGUUACACUGUUAUGCACAGGGGCAAAAAGGAAAAGGUAACGGGUCAAAUAUUCAUGGGUCGGUAUCAACAAUUACACGCUCCUCUGCGCAUGGUAGUCCGCCGAAAGAACCACAGAGAGGGCUUUGUGAAGAAGAUAAUGCUGAUACAAGUGGUGUCACAAGUUUGGAACCCCUAACAUCACAAAACAAAUUAUCAGCAAAAGAGCUCACAGAAAAUGGGGAAAAUAAAGAAGUGGUUCCUUCUCAGAAAUCUGUCGAAAUAACAGAAUCAAUAUUUUUAUGUACUACUACUCCCUCUCAAAGCACAGAUACAAUCCCACACACCGUGGCUACAUCCCAAGAACUGUACGAAGAACCUUCUGUUGAGAUGAAGGUGACUUUUGCUUCACAAAGCCCAGCAAAAGACAAAGCUACUCAGCAGCCAACCCAAGCUUACACAGAGCUUUCUCAGACAUUUAAUCCACAAAGCAGUCCGGUUAAAGGAACUGAACAGAUCUUACCGGUUUCCACUAGAAUCAGUGUUCCAACCACUGGAGAUGGAGAAGGUCUUGUAAGCAUAGAUGGGGAACAACAGUUAAAGUCACUUAAUUCUCAUUCUGAAAAUGGCCAAAAAUGUAUUGAGGCCAAAGAUGUUCAGAGGGAUGCAACUCACACACAUUCUAACAAUGUAAAUGACAUAUCUACCUUAAAAACAGAGAUGGACACCCAGUUUCCCCUUGUUACACCUCUUCAAGACACAGAGAAUCAUAAAAAGACAACAGCAGCUCCCAUCGAGGUAUCAAUGUCAGUGCUUCAAAAUAAUCACAAUAUCCCCAAUACCUCCAGUCGAACUGUGCCAGAACCAGCACCCUCUGCAUCUAUGCAAUGUAAAGAAGAGAAAAUCUCAGUCACCGUUGAAGAUGAUGGUGGUGAUGAUGAGGACUUUGAAGAAGUGGAAUCGGAGGAAUCCAGUUUGGAAUACUGCUGUACAUUUUGUCAGAAGGUUUUCAAGGGUAGACGUGUAGUUGUUCACGCAAUGUUCCAUUUCCGUAAGGAUGAGUGUAUGUUUUGUGGAACUAUGUUCAAAGAUGACCUCCUGGCAAUGAUGCACCUGUCUGAUCAUAUUGAAAAGCUAAAAAGAAGUAAAGAGUGUCCCAUUAACAAAGCUGAACAAGAGCAUGUGUCCGAAACCAAAGAUUUAUCCGCGCCCAAGAGCUCUGCCAAAGCUAAAGCUCCCAACAGGACAUCGGGCAAUCACAAAAGUAGGAAACUGAGGAAGCCUCCUGUCUGUAGCAAAACAGUCAUCCAAACAGUAAGACAUUUAUCAGAAUCCAGAAGCUUGCGGUCAAUGAAAAAAACAGGUGACGGUCUGUCUAUACAAAAACACAAACAAAAUGACAAACGCACAGCAAGCAAAUCUCCUGCCCACAGGUCAAAUGGAUACCUUGACAAAAAGCGCCAACAUGACCAAAUCCAACAGGCAACUUUAAAAACUGAAGAAAUGCAGCCACCUUCACCACAAGUCAAGAAAGACAAAGCAGGUGAGCGCAAGGGAAACCAUGAUAUGCCAGACACUUGUGGCUCCUCGCUGCCAUCAGUUCAAAAGAGAAAACAUCUGGAAUGUUCUAAAAAUAAUAGAAAUAAGGACACGGUGAAAACAAUGCAAAAGAAAAAGGAGGAGCCUUUAGAGAAACUUCAUUGUCCAGCAGAUGGAUGCAAUUGGUCUACAGAUCUUUCUAAAAAGCGUGUUGCACUCCUCUACCAUGCUCUGGAGCGUCACUACGGGGACAUCAAACCUCUGGAGCUGUCAUUCCAAGUCGCAAACAAUAAAUGCAGUAUAUGUAUGAGGGUUUUAUGGAGUUUUGAACAUUUUCAGCAUCAUGUGGAAAGACAUCUUCUCUGUCCUCGGCAUCCUUGUCUUCAUCUGGGUUGUACUGCCAGAUUCAAAAGCGGAAUGGAAAUGAGGCGCCAUACCAGAAAGCACAGUCCACUGCAGGCAGUGUGCUGCUUUCCCGGUUGUUCUGAACUAUUUAUUUGUCUAUGGGCACUGAACCUUCACGAAAGAGAGCACUAUGCUUCCAAACGCACCAAGCCAAUAAAGAGCGUGGACCUGCAAACGGAAAACAAGCCUAACAGCACAAAGGUGAAAAAAAUAGAUGGUGAUAAACCAAAUGCUGCAACCAUGACUACGGAAGAAACUUUGAAAGAGGCCACGCGUAAAUUAAGGGGGCAUGCAUCUCAUAACACAACGGAAAAACAUGUCAAUGUUCCUCCUCCCGAUGCUAAAAUGUUUGUGGUAAAACAGCAGCUGAAUGUGAGGAAAGAGUCUAAGGAUUCAAAUGUUUUAAAGAAUCUCUCCAACAAGGCAAGCACCACAUCACCAGCCAAUUAUCGUCUCAAUUUGAGGGUAAGGAAAGGGCAAACAACAAAGGCUAACCCGAUGGUGGCGAACACCCUAAAAUCACCAUUCCCUGGACAUAGGGACAAACUGAGACAUAGGCUCAAUAAAAAACAGGUCAGUGUAAAUACAAUAGCCCCCAGAAAAAGAGGGCGUCCACCAAAGUCAACGAAAGCAACAUAUGAUGAAAACAAGACUGUAGGCAAAAACAGUGAAAGUCCAAAGGACAACACCCCUCAGGAUCCCCUAGCCCGCCUUGUUGGAGUUAGCAGCAAGUUAGAAAUUAAAGAAAAGCAUUUCCAAGAUUCCAGUAAGACAACAGAAAUCUCGCACCUUAAGUCAGUGUCCAAAAAAUCUUUGAGUGAGGACACUAAGAGCAAUCGAGUUGAACAAAAUAAGUCAUCAGACAAAGCCUCAACUGUGGCAGCUCAGAAUUCAGUAUCCGCCACUGAGAACUCACACAAAUUAAUUCUGCAUAAUUUGAAGAAGCUUUGUGCUGCAAAAGCCACUGAUUCUUCAGGUGCAAGCAAGGCAAAGAAGCAAAAGCUUACAACACAGACAAGUCUUUGUUUAGAGUCGAAAAUCCCAGUUGCCAAAUCAACAUUUGUUGUCCCAAAAGUUGAUGCAGCCGUUGAUGUUGCCGGGACUUCUGGUGAUGACCACGGAAACAAAGAAAAAACACUUUCAAGCCAAGAUAGUCCUGCUGAUUGUCCUCAGGCCACUGCUAAAUCAGCCCAUCAAAAGCACACUGCCAUUAAAAAAAAGAAAUCACGGUCUUCAGAAGGAAAACUUAUUUGGAAGAAGGGUGGUGAAAAGAAAGUUGAUGGAGCAACCCGUCACAAUUUGAAAAGAAAGUCAAAGGAAGAGCCUUUAGUUGCGACCAGUGAAAGCACCAGUUCUACUAUGACAAAUGUUCAUGCUAAAAACCCACAAAACUCACUUUCUGCCUCCAAAAAAAACAACAGUUCAAAGGAUGUCCAGAUUAAGAGAAACAAAGUUAUCAAGGGACUUAAAGAAAGUAAAACAAAAACUGCUCAGAGUGAACAUCCAAAUUUAGUCCAAAACAUUUCCACACAAUUACCCACUGAGUCGAAAACAGAAGUAAAGCCUGACCCAGUGAAGAGCUUUGCUGGUGGACAGGAACAUGUAAACAAAACACCUGAGUGGGCUGGAAGCAAGCACCAUCACUUUCUAAAACCAACCGAGGACGAAAUGUCUACGUUUUGCAUAGACACUUUGGCAGAGUAUGGAAAGAAGCACAUGCGAGCACCUCCCACAGCCUAUCUGGACGAAAAGUAUACCACUAUGCCGAAACGAAGGCAGGGGGUGUCGUUCAUCCAUUCGUCUGAUAUGACCACUUUGCCAAAAAAGAAUAGGAUCACCACCGCUGUGCCACAAAGACAGCGGUGUGCCAACUGCUUCACUACAUACAGCAGUGCAAAGGAGCUACAGAAUCAUCUCAAACUCCAACGGUGCUCCAGCCUCUUUGGCUUCGACUCUGAUGACGAGGGGAAUAGUUGAAUUAUCUGACUUGAUUAAGAGAGUGGCUGCAGAACUGACUGGCAGAGACGGAACUGACCGUGGACCUCUACGAACGGUGGUUGGAUUGUGAUUCGUCAAGCCUCAUAAGGACAUGGACUUGCCAGGUGGUGACACAUUUUUGUACGAUGGAAAAUAGCCAGCCCUUUAAAGGCCUAGAAAACAGAACUCCAGUCAGUUUUUGCAGAACAUCUUGUACUGAAGUGCCUGCUCUGGAACCACACCACUGAUUCCAGAUGCUUCACCUGGGUCAGUACUGGACUUUUGACAGCAAUGACAUAACUGCCACAAAGGAUACUCUUUUUUUUUUUUUUUUCCAGCAGUGAGCCAUAAAACACGCUUUCCCAUUUUGCACUCUUCUCAUUAACUGCAACGUUACACUAUUUUAAAAUUAUACAAAUAAUUGCAUUGCUUAGACUGAGUCUAAAUUGCUGUGGUAGGCUUUCAUUUUAAGGUUAUAAUUUAUGCGCAGAUCACUUAAAUCUUGAUGCGGCCACUAGGUGUCAGCGUGCAUUCAACCGCUCAACUGAAACAUAAGAGACUGUUUGCUCUGAUUUUGUAGGAUGUGCUCCAACUGAUCAGGUCAUUUCAUAAAAAUCACAUUGACUUUUGUCGUUUUGUUUUAACAAGCCUGACCAAGUUGGAAAAAUGUACCUCUUGUCUGUCUUGCCUUCCAUCAAUGAAAAGAUACAUUGCAGUCACAAAGUACCACAGUUUUAACUGUUUGCCGGAAACGGGUUGUAUUUAUUUUAUUUUCUAUAUUGUAAAUAUUAGAGUUUCAAUUGCUUAUACAAGGGACUGUUGAAACUUGGUUUAUAUUUGUUCUUGGAGAGAAAAUAAAACCUAUUUCACAUUGUA